AUGCUUCCGAAACUAAAUGUUCCCACUCGUCUUAAUAAGAACUAUCUGUUGGAGUACAGGACGCAUAAAGCCGCCCCAAGGCCUGUUCAAAAGCCACAGGAACAUGAAAGGCCGGCAUCCAACAACUAUCGUACGAUCUUAUGUAAGUUUUUCCUAAUGAACUCGUGCAAGCAUGGAGACAACUGCACGUAUUCGCACAAUACGAGUAAGUUUCCAUGUAAAGCAUUCCAUAUAAGAAAAAACUGCAUCAGAAAAGAUUGCCCCUUUUCCCACGAGCCUUUAUCCGACGAAGCAAUGGAGGAGAUCAUCAAUGAAAAGCAGGAGACGCCCACCUCCUUUUUUAAGUCUACAUUGCUCUAG